UAUGCCACUAUGCUUUGGAUACUUGUAGCUGGUACAGUUCACCAACAAGUCGAUAACCGGCUAGAUUUGCAAAGCACACUACGUUUUAUCUCUUCUUUAUUCUGUUCGGCAAGCUUUAGUACCACAGCAUAGUCACUAAGCAUCGUUUCUUUAUCGAUAAUAUUUUGUUUCUUAUCGUGUCUUUUUGAUUUAACGCGCUUUAUGAUUUACAAUUUUAUGCCACGGCAACCGCAUGUUGAAACAGACUGCAUUACGAUGUGAAACGAAGCAUAUAAGAAAACAGGAAAAAGACUGUAAAAACCAUGCCGUCCAAGGAACCAGUGACCGGUGAACCACCGAACGGUGGAUUUGGUUGGGUGGUUGUUGGCUGUUUUAUGAUCCAUUUUGUGGCGUUUGGCUUGCCGUAUACCUUGGGAGUCUAUUAUCCCACACUCCAAGGAAGAAUUCCAGUCGGAUUCGGCGACACAGCAUGGGUUGCCGGGACGCAUUUGGCGGUGGCUUUCGGAAGUGGUCCUGCUGCUGGGUGGCUCGUGGAUAGAUUUGGAACGAGAAGCGUUGCAUUCGUUGGAGGAAUUAUUUCCACCGUUGGCUGCGUUAUUGCCGCCUUUUCCAGCUCCAUUAUUGUCAUCAUUUUACUACUAGGAGUUUUUGCCGGUAUCGGAACCGGUUUGAUGUUCAUCGCGGCCAUUUCAUCAGUGACCCGAUGGUUCUCCACAAAGCGCUCGCUAGCCACAGGAAUCGCUGUAUGUGGCGCUGGCUGUGGAGUUAUCGCCUUCGCUCCGCUGAUUCGGUAUCUCUUGGUGGUUUACGACAGAAAAGGUGCAAUGCUGAUCGAAGCCGGAUUGGUGCUGCAAGGUUGUGUUUUCGGACUACUCCUUCGCCCGGUUCCCCAACGGCGAACCCCAUCCAGUCAUGUCGAAAUGCAGCCAUUACAGCAGAAACCAGCGGUUAAAGCUCCCCCAAACGAAAGCCUGAAGACCUUGUUAAAAGGCAGCAUGUUCUGGCUGUUCGCUGUCAGUCAGCUCUUCACCUUUAUCUCCGCCAGCAUCGGAUUGAUAUUCAUGUACAGCCGUACUGUAAAAGAUCUCCAUAUUGAAUCUAUGGAAGCGUCCCUUGUCGUGGCAAUUAUGGGGAUUUGCAACACGGCGGGAAGGGUGUUGUUCGGAAUUACCGGGAACGUUUUACCGAAAUUUAGGACGUAUUUGUUGAGUGGUGCGAUUAUGCUGUACGGUGCGGCGACAGCGUUCAGUGUGCUGGGAACGUCGUUUUGGUCGGCAGCUUUACACGGCGGAUUGUUUGGUGCCGGUUACGGUGGGAUGUUCGCGCUGUCGACUGUGGUUUUAGUUGACUACUUUGGGAUGGGAUCGUUCAGUACUCUAUACGGCAUGAUCGGGGUGUUUCGUGGUAUUGCAUGUCUUAUCGCUCCCCCCACCGGAGGUUGGAUAGUAUCACUAUCUGGAGGAAGUCAUGCAGUGGUGUUUAUGGUUUCGAGUUCACUUGGUUUAAUUGGUGGUUUGAUGCUGUUUAUGGCGCCCGUACUGCAGCAUCAGAAAACUUCCCGAGAUAUAUGAAGGGUUAUAAAUACUUUUGGAGAUCAUGAGGUCACUUAAGGCAACGCUAAUUCUG